CUGAGAGGGACCGCCGGCAGCGCUAACGAGCAAAGCACAUACGGAGGGUGUCCUUCCUCAGGCCUAGUUUGCGAACCAGUAAACAAAUGAGGCUCCUGGUCAAGGCUGUGCAGACAGGGCUCGUCCUGAAGAGGGCGCCACCGCCGGGCCCCCGCAGAGCCUUCUGGGGAUGGCUGAACGCCGUCUUCAACAAAGUGGACUACGAGCGAAUUAAAACAGCGGGUCCAGACCGCGCUGCUUCAGAGUGGCUCCUGCGAUGCGGCGCCAAAGUCCAGUACCAAGGGUUUGAUCGCUGGCAGCAUGACUACAACGCUCUGCCCACCGGCCCCCUGGGCAGGUACAAGAUCCAGGCCAUCGAUGCCACGGAAUCUUGCAUCAUGUACCGUGGAUUCGACUACUUGGAUGGUUUGAAAUACGUGGAGGAGAUAAAGUUUAUCAAGUGUGUUUAUAUAGAAGAUGCCUGUUUAGAGAGGCUGAGCAAAAUAGAGAACCUGCAGUCCAGUCUGAACAGAAUGGAGCUGAUCUCCUGUGGAAAUGUGACGGACAAAGGCGUCAUCGCUCUGCACAAGCUCAGGAAUCUGCAGUACCUGCUUCUCAGGGACCUACCAGGAGUGAAGGAGAAGCAGAAAAGUGUGGAAACGUUGCAGACGGCUCUUCCCAACUUGGACAUUGAGCUGGACCUUCCCUGACAAAAGCUGCCAGUGAAAACGCAGCAUCGGAUGCUCUGUUGACCAUCAACAGAAGGGUUUAAAAGGAAGGUACUAAGAGCAGAUUAGGAGGCUGCACAAUUCUACUUCCAACUGAAUUUUAAUGCAGCAAAGACUCAAAGGAUCUCAAUGGAGAAUCCCAGUUGACAGUGUCUAGGGUUAAGAAAAUAACAGUAGGUAUACAUGUACAGCGCAAAAAAAAAAAAAAAAAAAACCUGGGUAUAUUUAGUAUUAUAUUUCCUAUCAAAGUAUCAGAAUGCAGACUAUUAAUACACACAGAUUCAAAGAUGUAAAUAAUAUCCUUAAGGAAAAAGUUUGUUUGGAGAUCGACUGUACAAAUACAUUCUUUCCUGAUUCUUUCACAGUUUUUACAUCUCCAAGCAUCAGGAAUGUCUAAAGUUGAAGAACCAGUGUCAAACCAGUGUCAGUUUGUCAUUCAUACUAACAAAAAUGAAUGUUGCAUUAAUAAGGCAAAGUUCAAAGAGAUGCCAUGUCAUUGUGUGCUAUUGGUACUCUGAUUUCAGGUUUGUCAAAACUGGAAAAAAAAUAUGCACUUAA